CGGUUGUUCAAGCGUUACGAUGCAUUGGCAGGGAUCUUAGCUGUUAUGCAUGUGUGAAUUCUGAAUAAGUAGUAUGUGUCAUUGAGCAAGUUAUUCCUGCCAUUCUCAAGUUGGCUAGAGAGCUAGUUACGACAGCUUGCUUGAUAGCUAUCAAACUGCCUUUGUUUUUCUUUCUUACAGUAGAGUUAUCCGUCUUUAAUGACACAUGAGUGUGUCUCUGGUCGUGAUCCGUCUGGAGCUAGCAGACCAAUCUCCGUCGCCCUUACAUUUCCAGUACAGCGCAGCAGUUGAGCAUAUGUCAGAGAAGGAGCUUCAUGAAAAGGCUCUGGGCUCUGCUCAGCAGGCACUGAGUGGGAAGACUGAGCUAGAGAGAACUGCUGUUCUAAAUCAACACAUUGGCAGCAGAGCCAUGGGAGACAUGGUCAUCGAAACCUUUGCUACCAACCCAGAAAAGGAUGAAGGUACGGAGAUGAGGCCAUCAGGAGGUGAGAGUGAUGGGACCCCAGAAACCCAACUGGGAACUACGGGGGGCAAAGAGAUGAGCACAGCUCCUGACUCCCCCUCGAAACAGCUGCCAGACCAAAUCUCCUUCUUCAGUGGCAACCCUUCGGUGGAGAUUGUCCAUGGCAUCAUGCAUCUCUACAAGACCAACAAGAUGACAUCACUGACGGAGGACGUGAGGCGCAGUGCAAUGCUGUGUAUCCUGACGGUCCCUGCUACAAUGACGAGCCAUGACCUCAUGAGAUUUGUGGCGCCUUUUAAUGAUGUCAUGGAGCACAUGAAGAUCAUCCGAGAUUCCACACCUAACCAGUACAUGGUCCUCAUCAAGUUUAGACAUCAGGUGGAUGCAGAUAGCUUCUACACGGCAUGCAACGGUCGCCAGUUUAACUCCAUUGAGGACACAGUGUGUCAGCUGGUAUAUGUGGAGAGGGCUGAGGUCAUCAAGUCUGAGCAGGGAGCCAGUCUGCCUGUUAUGGAGAUGACGGAGCUACCUAAGUGUACAGUGUGUCUGGAGAGGAUGGAUGAGUCGGUUAACGGUGUUCUGACCACCCUCUGCAACCACAGCUUCCACAGCCUGUGUCUACAGCGCUGGGAGGAUGCAUCGUGCCCUGUAUGUAGAUACUGCCAGACACCAGAGCCUGUAGAGGAGAACAAGUGCUUUGAAUGUGGGGUGCAGGAGAACCUGUGGAUUUGUCUGAUCUGUGGGCAUAUAGGUUGCGGCCGCUACGUCAGUCGCCAUGCUUACAAACACUUUGAGGAGACACAGCAUACUUAUGCCAUGCAGCUGACCAACCACCGUGUCUGGGACUAUGCAGGAGACAACUACGUCCAUCGCUUGGUGGCAUGCAAGACUGAUGGCAAGAUGGUCCAGUAUGAAUGUGAGGGCGACACAUGCCAAGAUGAGAAGAUAGAUGCGCUACAGUUAGAGUACUCCUACCUACUGACCAGUCAGCUGGACUCACAGCGCAUCUACUGGGAGAAUAAGAUUGUUCACUUGGAGAAAGACACAGCAGAGGAGAUUAACAACAUGAAGGCCAAGUUCAAGGAAACCUUAGACCGCUGUGAUAACCUGGAGAGGAGACUGGGAGAGCUGUCCAAGGAAAAGCAGAACAUGGAGAAGAAGUGUACCCAGUUCAACAACCGUGUCAUGAAGCUGGGCCAGGAGUUGAAGGAGGAGCAGGAAAUGAACCGCUGUCUAAGAGCAAAUCAGGUCGAGCUCCAGAUCCAGUUGGCAGAGGAGGAACGUAAGGCCCGGGAGACAGGUGAGAGGAAGGAUGCGGCCAUAGCAGAGCUGCAAGAGCAGCUGAGAGAUGUCAUGUUUUACCUGGAGACCCAGCAGCAGAUAGAGCACUUGCCCCCGGAGGCAAGGCACGAGAUCCAGGAGGGGCAGAUCAACAUCGGCGCCAACCCCACCAACGCCGGAGCAGGACCAUCCUCCGUUGGACAGGGCAGGAGAGGUCGGGCGAAGAGGGGGAAGUAAAGAGAGAAAUUGAAUAAGGAAGUUGAGGUAAAGAGGUUGAGGAAGAGACUUCGGAAAGGACAGCGUGUGCAUGUGUGCCCCUGUGUGUCUAUCAAAUAGUUCCUGUUUGAGUACAUGUGUGUUGCACAAUGAUGGUAGUCUUGUAGACACUGCUUUUGGAUGUAAGGAAAAGAGGUUGAGCAUUUAAGGGGAUGGGGGGGGGAGCUGAUGUAAUUCACUAAAGGAAUGGGCUUUGUCAAAAUUACAGUCUUCUGGACAUGCCACUUGUGUGUAAGUAAAUAUAUAUUGAGUUAAAGGAUACAAUAUUUUCAAAAUAUAACUAAGCAGUUAAAAAACAAAUGUAGUUGAUGUCUUUCCCAUUCAUACUGCCUGUCUUGAGCCAUCAGUCAGAUGUGUUGUCUUUUUUUUUGUAUUAACCUUAAAAUGUCUAUAUCGGUAUAGAAUAAGGCAUUUGCUCUCUCUCUCACACAUCAUAACAUAAACAGAAAGACUGGAGGAGAGGAAGCCACUGUACACAACUGACACGCAGCCCCAGGGAACAGCAACAGGAAGCAUACCUUCUCAGUAGUGUUGUUUUUGGCGGCCUGUUUUAAUUUUAGUCUAGUCUUUGUAUCAAGCUGUCAUUUUAGUUUUUAUUCGUUUUAGUCAUGUUCAUACUCUUUUUAGUCUAGUAAAGUUUCAGUCGACUAAAAGUCUGAGCAUUUUAGUCUUAUUUUAGUCAGACUUAUUCAUGACUAUUUUAGUCUAGUUUUAGUCGACGAAAACUGAUGACUAAAAUAAGACUAAAAUACAAUUUUCAUUUACUUAAACUAGACUAAUUAGUCUAGUUUAAGAUUAGUCUAGUUUAAGUAAAUGAAAAUUGUAUUUUAGUCUCUUUUUAAUCAAAACAGAAGUAGUCUAAGCAGUAGUCUCGGGAGGCAUGUUAAUGCAAAACGAUUUAUUUAAAUGUAUGUAUUUGUCUAGGAUAAGGUAUUCAAAGAAAUGUUGAUGCCAAAUUCAGUUCAGUGUGAUUGCUAUGUGAAUGACAACUAGCUACAGUAUUUGGCCAACAAGGGAUGCUUAGAACACAUGCAUUCAGUCAGGUAGGAACGAAGAACCCACUUUACACACUCUCAUACAAACAAAUACACACACACAGUACACACACGUUAACCCACUUUACACUCUCACAAACACGCUAGUCACACACGUUUGUUUCAGGCUGUCAGUUGUUUUCAGCUCCAGUGGCUAACGUUUAAAGCUAACGUUAAAACGAGACACAUUAACCACAGCCUCAUGAGUUGGAUAAUAAUAACGCGACUAAAUGAGACGAAAUAACGUUAUAGCGUUUCGGUUUUAUUUUGUAAACCACAUUUCGUCUCGUUUUUAUUCGUCAACAAUAAUGCAUUAUAUAUUUAAUUAUAGUCAUCACAUGACCAGCAUUUACGCUGUGUCUCGUUUCGUUUUUGUCACGUGAUAAAGGUCCUUUGACGACGAUAUAUAGUCAUCAUUUUCGUUGACGAAAAGCAACACUACUUCUCAGUACCAUCCUGCCUGUUUAUUUGCUUGGGUGAGAUAUGUGCCUGUACACUUGAAACAAUGUUUUGCAAUGUCCUUUACUCCUUUUAAAAGAUUGUACGUUGUUCAUUGAUAGAAGUGUAGAAACAUAGAAAUUAAGGUGGACAUGUAGUUGGUGAGUCAGUUAUUUCAAUUCAGUCUCAAUUCACUUUAACUGUGAGGGUGACACUUUGAUGUAGUGGUUUUCACUUUAUGUAACGUUAUGUAUAUAUCAGUCAUGUUCAAUCCCUUUUACAAAUUUUAUAUGGCACAAAAAAAACUUUGAGAGCCAGACAAACGCAUCAAUGAUAUUUUGCCAUUGUUAUUACUUUACCGAAUGGCUCACAGAUGGUAAUGGCUCGAGCCAUUACCAGCUCAGAAUUGAAGCAAAUUCAUGCAUUUUUGCACCAUUCAGUAAGCUGCUUAAGGUGACCAUGGUAGAAAUAGAGGACCUCAAUCAAGAAAAGUAUCCCUGCAUCCACACUUUUUGAUAUGGAACUUGACGUGUGCAAGAAAAGCAAUUCCCUCAAGUAGGGUGCAUUCUUUCCUGGUGUUGACAUCAAUGAGUUAGAAUUGUGUAACUGGAUAAUGUUUCGUAUUUGCACUAAACUGAUGCCAGACUGCCAAUACCUUGCAAUUGAAUGAUUAUAGUAUUGCUUUGCAUAGCUGUGUGGUACUGUAGCGUAUUUUCGUCUCAAUCCAUCAAAAAAAAAUUACAACUUGAAAGCAGGAAAUUGCUUGCCUUUUUCAAAUUUAAGUAAUUCCUUAAAAUUUAAAUAUAACUCUUAUCCAUUUGUUUUGUACUUCUAUUACAACACUCAAUAAAUAUGUGUUACAGUUA